GGAAGGGGAGGGUUCUCUGGAGACCUUGCAGGCCUGGUAAAGCUACCUCAGGAGCUGCAGGUUGAAGUAUGACCGGGGUCCCAGUGGCGAAGGGCUGGGCUUAGCCAAGGACCCUUUACAAAGAACAGUGCUCUGAGGACUGAGCAGGCAAGAAGGCCACCUUCCUGGUACGGCUGGUAUUCUUUGUGGCUGAUUUCUGGCAGAGUCAUCAACAGGAGCCCAGCUCAGACAGGGACCAUACUUGGUAAGUCAGGGAGAAGAAGUUAGAAGCAAUAGUGGACAGUGAUAGUAACAUGGCUGUGUGAUUGACUGUACACGUGGGAGAUGCUGGACUCCUUAGUUUCUGGAUUGAAACCACUGGGCAAUGGCCAGAGAACAAGGUAUCAGAAUUGAGCACCUAGAGUGUGUCCUGCACAGUCCUAGGUAGGAGGGAUCUCAGCUUAUGUGGUAGCUGCUAUUUAAUAAUGUAGACAAUGAAACAAACAAGAAAAAAAAAUCAAAAGAGCUGGGCAGUGAAUAAAAACUGAGAGCGGACUCAGUUUGUCUAUGAAGGUGACUCUGGGCAGGAACAGUUAAACAGGGGUCUGAGUGGCACAGAACAGACUGCUCCAGGCAGAGGUUACUCUGGGCUGGAGGCCGAAUGAAGGCCUUGUUGCUGGAGCUCAGAGCCAAGCAGAAUGCUGGAAUGUAACGGAGCCACAGAGGCAGAUGGGCCAGAGCAGGGCUUUGUAAGUCAGAGGGAAAACUGUAUUUUACUCCCCAUACUGAGGGGAGCUCUUGGAAGGUUCAGAGCCUGUUGUGGGCUGUGUUCUUCUCUCCGAAACUCAUCCUGUCCUGGAAGUAGGGAGACCACAGAGGCCACUACAGUUGUCAAGACAGGAGAUGCAGGUGACUCAGGUUAGGGUGGUUAGGAUAACAGUGAAAUGUGGGGGCACGGGAGGUGUUCAGAGACAGCAGGUGGUUUGGACAUGUGGAGCAAAGGCGGAGAGGACUCAGUGUGCAUGCCUGGGUGUCUGCAGGAAAGAAUGCUACCUGGUGGCGCUGUUUCCAGGGAGAGGCCUGCAGAAGAGCAUGGGCGGCACUAGGAUCAGAUUUUGGGGCUGGCAGUGAAAAGGCUGGGUUGCCUGCCUACUGCACAGUGCUGGUAUAGAAGAUGUGAAAAAGUCAGUUAGACAUACAAAAUUUAGAAACAGAAGACUGACCAGACUGGAGAGUAGAAACUGUAAUACCGGCAUUUAAAGUCAUAGGAUUGGAUAACCAUAGGGAGGCUAUGUAGAUGCUUCAUGUGAACUUUGAACACCCCAGUCGACACACACGUAGAGUUGAUGGUUGAACAAUAUCUUGAUGCAAUGUAAGGGCUCCACUAAAGCUUGAGGAAUGAAAGGACAGCCCUCCAGAAUGCUGUGGCAUGAAUCGGAUUACAAAUAGAUUUGUGACUCCUUAGCACCAAGGUAAUAGUGGAGAAUGGAAAUUGGAAAUGAACGGUGGAAGUGAGAAGAGGGCAAGGACAGACGUGAUAGAGAAAGGAAGAAGAACUGGGGAAUGCCCUGAACAGGAGUGGUCUGAGCAGGAGGAGGUGAUAUGGAACAGAAUUUGCCAUGGAUCUCAAAAGAGGAACCUCAAGACAGAAGAGGCCAGGUGCCCCAGAGGUCAAGUUUGACAGAUGAAAAGGUGAAGGCAUACCUAUCUCUUCAUCCCCAGGUGUUAGAUGAGUUUGUAUCUGAAAGUGUUAGUGCAGAGACUGUAGAGAAAUGGCUGAAGAGGAAAAACAACAAACUUGAAGAUGACUCGGCUCCUAAGGAAGUCAGCAGGUACCAAGAUACAAAUAUGCAAGGAGUUGUAUAUGAGCUAAACAGCUACAUAGAACAACGAUUGGAUACAGGAGGAGACAACCAUUUGCUCCUCUAUGAGUUGAGUAGCAUCAUUAAAGUAGCCACGAAAGCUGAUGGAUUUGCACUGUACUUCCUUGGAGAGUGCAAUAAUAGUCUGUGCAUGUUCACACCACCUGGAAUAAAGGAAAGAAAACCCAGGCUCAUCCCUGCAGGGCCCAUAACCCAGGGCACUACUAUCUCUGCUUAUGUGGCCAAGUCCAGGAAAACAUUGCUCGUAGAAGACAUCCUUGGGGAUGAACGUUUUCCAAGAGGUACUGGACUAGAAUCAGGGACUCGUAUCCAGUCUGUUCUCUGCUUGCCAAUUAUCACUGCGAUUGGUGAUUUGAUUGGCAUCCUGGAGCUGUACCGGCACUGGGGCAAGGAAGCCUUCUGCCUCAGUCAUCAGGAGGUUGCAACAGCAAAUCUUGCCUGGGCUUCAGUAGCAAUACAUCAGGUGCAGGUAUGCAGGGGUCUUGCCAAGCAGACUGAAUUGAAUGACUUUCUACUAGAUGUAUCAAAAACGUAUUUUGAUAACAUAGUCGCAAUAGAUUCCCUACUUGAACACAUAAUGAUAUAUGCAAAAAACCUGGUGAAUGCCGAUCGUUGUGCACUUUUCCAGGUAGACCAUAAGAACAAGGAGUUGUAUUCAGACCUUUUCGAUAUUGGAGAGGAAAAAGAAGGAAAACCCGUCUUCAAGAAGACCAAAGAGAUAAGAUUUUCCAUUGAGAAAGGAAUCGCUGGUCAAGUGGCAAGAACAGGGGAAGUCCUGAACAUCCCAGAUGCCUAUGCGGAUCCACGCUUUAACAGAGAAGUGGAUUUGUACACGGGCUACACCACCCGGAAUAUCCUGUGCAUGCCCAUUGUGAGCCGAGGUAGUGUGAUUGGGGUAGUGCAGAUGGUGAACAAAAUCAGUGGCAGUGCCUUCUCCAAGACGGAUGAGAACAAUUUCAAGAUGUUCGCUGUCUUCUGUGCCCUGGCCUUACACUGUGCUAACAUGUAUCAUAGAAUUCGGCACUCAGAGUACAUUUAUCGGGUAACUAUGGAAAAGCUGUCCUAUCAUAGCAUUUGCACCGCGGAAGAGUGGCAAGGACUCAUGCAUUUCACACUCCCUGUACGACUCUGCAAAGAAAUCGAACUAUUCCACUUUGACAUUGGUCCUUUUGAAAAUAUGUGGCCUGGAAUUUUUGUCUAUAUGGUUCAUCAGUCCUGUGGGACAUCCUGCUUUGACCUUGAAAAGUUGUGCCGUUUCAUUAUGUCUGUGAAGAAGAACUACCGGCGAGUGCCAUACCACAACUGGAAGCAUGCGGUCACAGUGGCACACUGUAUGUACGCCAUCCUGCAGAACAAUGAUGGCCUCUUCACUGACCUCGAGCGCAAAGGACUGCUAAUCGCCUGCCUGUGUCAUGACCUGGACCACAGGGGCUUUAGUAACACCUAUCUGCAGAAAUUCGACCACCCCUUGGCAGCACUGUACUCCACCUCCACAAUGGAGCAGCACCACUUCUCCCAGACGGUGUCCAUCCUGCAGCUGGAAGGACACAACAUCUUCUCGGCCCUGAGCUCCAGUGAGUAUGAGCAGGUGCUGGAGAUCAUCCGCAAAGCCAUCAUCGCCACAGAUCUUGCUUUGUACUUUGGAAACAGGAAACAGUUGGAAGAGAUGUACCAGACCGGAUCUCUAAACCUUCAUAAUCAGGCACAUAGAGACCGUGUAAUUGGCUUGAUGAUGACAGCCUGUGACCUUUGUUCUGUGACAAAACUGUGGCCAGUUACAAAGUUGACGGCAAAUGAUAUAUAUGCAGAAUUCUGGGCAGAGGGUGAUGAAAUGAAGAAAUUGGGAAUACAGCCCAUACCUAUGAUGGACAGAGACAAGAAAGAUGAAGUCCCACAAGGCCAGAUUGGAUUCUACAAUGCUGUGGCCAUUCCCUGCUAUAGUACACUGACCCAGAUCCUGCCUCCCACAGAGCCUCUCCUCAAAGCCUGCAGGGAUAAUCUGAGUCAGUGGGAGAAGGUGAUUCGAGGGGAGGAGACUGGACUGUGGAUCUCAGCCCCAGCCCCAGCCUCACCCCCAGCCCCAGUGGCAGAGGGGACUUCUGAGAAGCAUCCUGUGAAGGAUUGAUGGUCACACACCGGGCGUUCCACCCAGCGGUUCUCAUCGUGCUUCUUUGGCGCUUUUUCCUUUUAUUUUUGACUGGGAAAACCUACACCUGGUGGCUGCAGUGCAAACUCUUGGAGAAGGGAACAUCAGUAUCUCUGGGGAGCAGCCAGUUUCCUGCCAAGCUCAUGGCACAUGCCACAGACAGUGAGCAGCCAGGCCUGCCCUGUGUUGAACAUCAGCAGGCCAGCGACUCCACCGGACUCUCAAGCCCCUUUGUAAUAGGCUGACCUUGUGGAGACCUUACUGGGAAGGGAAAGAGAUCACUCUGAAGGGUACUCCCCCUUGUGUCUUUCCACAAGGGUGUAAAUGGUACUACUCUGGUAUUGUACUUUGGCUUUAACACCAAUGUUGCUUUGUUAUUGUUGGUUAUAAGUAGGGUUCUUUUACACAUUACUGUUGUGAAUGUUCGUGUGUGAUCUUCAUAUGGUUAACUUGAGUUGUAGCCCACAGCCUCAGGACAGUGUCACGAAGGGAACAGUGUAAGAAGUGAUAGGAAAAAGUCAAGUUCUUGUUCCACAGCCUCAUGAUUUCAGAUGGACCACAAUGCAUUCUCUAAGGUGUGUUAUAGCAGAGGGUGCAGGUGAAUCCCUUGCACACUAAAGGAAGUGUACUCUUGUCCUGUGAAAAGAUCCGGGUACACAUCCCCAUAAAUCUUUUUUUUUUGUAUAUCCUUUUAUUGGUACAUUUUAGGUGUACAUCCCUAUAAAUCUUACCACUUCCACUCUCGGUUCAAAAGAUGUCAAGGAAUUUUCCAAACAGUUUUUCUUCGUAGUAGUUGUGGUAAAUUUACUGAACUCUUUGCAUAAAGAACAAAAUAAAAGCAAGGCAUACUAUUUUUUUAAACAAGUCUUGUGAAUAUAAAAUGUUAACUUUUAAUAAUGAUUCUAUUUUUACUUUGUGUCAUGGCAACAUUUUUGACUCAUUCAAAAUAAAAGGUUUAUUUUAAAAAUUAUUUCAUUAAAUUAUCAUACAUUUCUCUUAAAAUCAUAUUACCCUCUCAAGUGUUAGUCUUCUGUAAUUUACUCUAGGCAGCUGCAUUGGUCCCAUUUGUCCCUCUGUCACUGCCCCAUCAUGCCUGGUGGUCACUCUGCAGCCAGCAGGAGGAGGCAGCAGUGCCACCACAAUGUCCCUUGUGUUUGUCCCCUUCUGCUCUUCUCGCAGGUCAAACAUCCAUAGAGGAGCCUAUGGUUUGGAUAGCUUCUUGUGAAUGACUUUUGACAGAUUAAUGCUACUGUGCAAUGUCAGGACGGUCUCUGGCCCUCUUCUACAGGUGACAAGACAGUCACCUCUGGUACAUGUCAGCACUUUGAGGGCUGUUGUCACAGUGAUCCAGUGAUACCUGAAUCUGCACUUCAGUUCGCACCUGAAUGGAUCAGAGUCACAGGCCAAUGCACAACAAAUAACUUGUUCCUAUUCUCGUAGCCAGAAUAUUAAUUUAAAAAAUAAAAUUCUAAAACAAUGUUUCUUCAAACUCGAUACUGUCCACAUUGCUGUCCACAUGAGCUUGGUUUUUUCCAGAUGAAAUCAGGUUGCUACAGCAUGUUUUAUUUAUGGUGUAGCAGAGGUGGCUAUAUGCAAACAGUGUUCCUAUUUUAGAUUAGCACUAUAUGUUCAGUUUCCAUAUGGGCUUCUUAGGUUACCAUCUUCCCUACAUGGAACUCCAUUGUAUGUAAUAUGAAAACAAACAUAAUGAUGAGUGAAGGCCUAUACACACAUGUAUGUAUGUAAUGUAUGUAGACACACACAUCAAUGUAUAUAUGAUCCACACUCAUGUAUGUAGGCAUACACCUGUAUGUAUAUUUAUAUGAUACACACACAUACACAUACGAACAAAGAGAGAUAGGGAGAAAGAAGCAAACCCGUGAAAAAUAAAAAUCACCCCUCUGCUCCCAAGCAGUGGUUUUUAUGUUGGGAAAUGUCUGGGGCUUGAUACUAAGUGACUGGAAUGUGUCAUUUUCACAUUUGUACAUUCAUAAGACUGACACCAGUAAGUUGCAUGUUUUCCCCCUACAAACUUAUGAAACUGGAUCCCAUCGCAUACAGCUUUAAUCACACAAGUUAAUUUAGUCAUCUGAUAUAAGUUGGAAGCUGAAUUUCAGAAGAGGGUAUCAUUUAGCAUUGCUUAACUAAAAGGAUUUUAAAGGAAUGCAAGGAUUUUAAGAAUCCAAAGGAUUUUAAAGGAAUUGUGCCUCUUGUUGCGGAAUAGAAUCAUGGGGGUGGAAAUCGCGCGGCUUCUUUGCAUCUUGAGGUGGCUGUUCUAAUAAGAAUAUUACAGAAAUUUCCCUUACUUUGAUAUAGCCAAGUGUAUUGUGAAAGAUGACCCAAGGGAAUGCACACAUAUCUGUUGGGUGGUUAACUUCUUGAGAGAUACUGUUAUGAUCGAAGCACAGUUUGAACAAUGGACUCUAUGCUACUACAAACCAUUGACAUAGUUUUUACCAUACGUAGGACUUAAUUAGGAAGCAAAUAUUUACCUAACAUAGAAGAGCCCAGGAUGUGGUGAUACCUAGUUAAUACUAACUUGUUUGGGAAAACAUUUAUUCAACAGUGUUUUUACAUUUUGACAAAAUAUAUUUCUCAGACCAACUUUUGAGUUCUGGUUCUCAUCUUUCCCCCAGAUCUUUUCACAAAUGGUAAUGUGAUACCAGAAACCAGGCAGAUGAUUUUUUGUUACCAAAAGUUUCUAAUGAAUUUCUCAUUGAUAUGGUACUUCAUAGUUGGCCAAGUUUCUAUUGUUCAAUAUAAAUUUGGUAAACAGUUAUGAGUAUAUAUAGAAUGUUCAAUUUGCAGAAAUUUAUAUUGACUUAUUAUAGACAAAAUUUCCAGACCUCAUGAAUAUACUUUUUAACUAAAAAUGUUGUUGGAAAUAUAAAUGCAUCCCAACCAUGACAUGAAAUGUCUUUAAAAAAUGCAGGCACCCUAUUAAUUAGUAGUUAACUCUGUGAAUUAGUUAACUAGGAAAACUCAAAAGGGAAUACAAUGGGUGUGGAAACUAGCUAUCAAAAAUAGCUCUUUUACUAUUACCCAUUUUUAGUUAUGUCCAAGAAGCAUGUGAGAAACCAGUGUCGGAAUGAGACCCAGUGGGAAGCCUGGAGGUCACUGUGCCCGUUCCUGGCCUCCCUUGUGGAGACGGACAUGCACAGGGGUCAUGGCUGUGGCUCCUGGUGCUUGUUCCUAUAGCAACAAAAGCAGACUAAUUUAAAAAUAGAUUUGUUCUGUGUAGGUUUCCCCUCUUUCGCAUGUUUAAAAGUUUUUAAUUUAUACAAUCUCAGUGAAUGUUGCUUUAGUGGUGUGUUCAUAUACACUAGAUAUGUUUGUACAGAAUACACGGAAAUGUGUAAAUCUGUAGAUAUCUGGGUUUCUAAAUAGCUUUUAUUUGUGGUAUUAUAUUUCUGGUCUUUUAACUCAAAAUUAAGGUUUGAGCUUUAAUAGGACUAAAUUAUCCACCAUGCCUUGGCCUGUGCCUUUAUUUUAAAUACUGAAAUUUUACUUCUUCACUCAUAUAUUUAUUAUUUUGCUUUUCUUGCUUAAGCAUAAUGGAAAACAUUUAAAGAGACACAUCCCUGGUUAACUUUACCAAGUUGAAUGACUAGAACCUUUCUCUCUUCAUUAGAUUCUUCUCCUUUAUUUUGACUUCAUUGACUUCAUUGAAACAUACUCUGGUGACUAUAACAAAGGAGCUGUUCAGAUUCUGUUUUUUAAAGACUCCCAAGAACCGUGACACUAAUUAUGAUGUGAUUUUGUUGGGUGUCAGGUACAUAAGCAUGAUUCAGAUUGUGAAAAUCACUUCUCUCUUUAUAUAUUUCAAACGUGUUUGAUUUCUGAACUUAGCUGAUUUGAUUUAGCCGUAACUCUAUAGAGACUAUAUUCAUUUAGUCAUUUUAGUGGAUUCCUUCUAUUGCAAGUACUAGUCUGGCUUAAAAAUCACUGUAAGAUUUCGGUUUGCUAUGGAUGCUCUCAGUUACUCUGUCCCCAUGCUUGCCAGUGCAUGGUUGUUAUAGUUUAACCUGUGUGCAAGUAUCCUGAUAACACAUUUUGCUGACUUCUUAAAGCACUUCUACUAAGUUUAAAUUAGUGACACCCAGUGCAGUAUGUACCCUUUUUGUUGUUUCUGUCUUCUUUACAAAACUGUGUAAUUUGGUUAUCUAAAGCAUUAGGUGUAUUUUAAGGGAUGAUAAAAAUACCAAAAACGAAAAAUGUUCAACAGUGUUCUUGUUCCAAAUUAAGAAGAUGAAGCAAAAAGAAAAACAUCAGUGUUUCCCAAGAAAAGCACAUUUAAAAUCCAAAGAAGCACUGUGAUAGUCACUUCAUUUUUCUCCUCUCAACCCACAGUGAAAAGCAGUGUUUUAUAAGUUGUAUAGUCUGCCUGCCCUUUGCUGUAACCAUAAUGAGAACCACAACCAAAGCACAAGAUCUGGGCUUGGCUGUGUUGGGGCAAAGAAUAACAUCACCUAAAGACCAAAGUGGAAAUUUGCAGCUGGCUCCAGAGUUUCCCACAUAGGGAAGAUCGUUUAUCAUUUCAAUACUCAGCUAAUAAUUUUGAGGUACUGUGUAUUUGCCAACAUUUAUAUGGAAAGUUUUAUUCCUAAUGUAAAUUGUUUUAAAAGUACAUUAUUUAAUGAUUUCGCCCACCUAAAAUGUCAUCAUAGGCACUGCAAUCUUUGUUUUUUCUUUAGUUACCCCAAAACCUAGGCCUAUGCUAUAUCUUUUUUUUUUGGUACCAGAGAUCGAACUCGGUACCUUGCACUUGUGAGGCGGAACCACUGAGCUAAAUCCCCGGAUUUAUGCUAUAUCUUGUAUAGACAAUAUAAAUGACACGUGGGACUAUUAUUUUCUGUAUGAUCUAUUGUAUGGUGUAUAUGCUACAUGUUCAUUUAGUGUGCAAGUUGAAAGUAUGAUAGAUUUAUAAAUAGAAGGUGUUUCUAUACAAUGCCCCUGUCCAUUUGAAAUUAUAUGCUUGCCCAAAACACUGUGAAACAGUUACCAAAUUUGUAUAAAUGCAGCAUCUUGAUUCUUUUUAAGAAGAGGUGACUUUGUCUACAUGAACAUAUGAGCAAAAGAGAUUCUAUAUCCGUUCCUAGCCAAGUCAUCUAAGGUUUACUUGGGAUAAUCUCCUUGCUGACCAAAACCUGCUGGGAUGUCACACAGGUUUUGUGCUACCAAAAACACAGUACUCAUAAUAAACUGAUUUGCAGUCAAUGGGUCUGUAUCCAAAGCCUUAACAGGCUCUCUUUCGGAAGGGGAAAGAACUUCAAGUUCAUAAUAUCCAACUUUAUUAUAGUUGAUGAGUUAGUAAAUUAAAAAAUGAUUUUAUAUGUAUGACAUAAAAAUCUUUGUAAAAUGCGCAAGUGCAAUAACUUAAAGAGGUCUUAACUUUGCAUUUAUAAAUUAUAAAUAUUGUACAUGUGUGUAAUUUUUUCAUGUAUUCAUUUGCAGUCUUUGUAUUUAAAAAAUCCUUUAUUGUUAUGUUUGUAUAAUAGAACAGUAAUCAUUUAUUAAAACUUAGGCAAGAUGUAAAUAAAUUCAUAAUUCAAACAGCCAGUACAUAUGCAUAUAUGAGUGUUAUAUCGCAAAAUCUGUUUUACUAACAUGCUUAGAGCAGCAAGAAAUCUUUUGUCGAUAUGUAAUUAUACAUAUAAAGUAUAUAUAUGUAUGAUACAUGAAAUAUAUUUAGAAAUGUUCAUAAUUUUAAUGGAUAUCUUUGGUGUGAAUAAUUGAAUACAGAGUUUUUAAAAUA